ACAGAGUACCUCAUGUACUCUUGUCGUUUGUUUACAGACCACAUCUCGUUACCAGACACGGCUGGCGCGCCAAGCGGCACGACAUGUGUGCAUUUUUUGCCCGCCCAAGGAGGCCGCGGGCGCGAGGUUAUACACCCAUUAUUACGUCCUUCCUACUUUCAAUUAUUAUUAUCGGGCGGCGGCGCCGCACCCGCGACGGGGAGGAGGAGAGAGGCGCAGCUGCUGCCUACCAAUAAUCGAGACCUGUCCUCGACAGAAAGGGACAGAGAUAACGACCGACAAGCACAAAAUAAUACUUAUACUUGAUUUUAAUGCCCAGAGAAACUUUUCAGAUAUAAAAUUGUAAGUAAAUAUAAUCAUUGGUGAGUUACGGCAACUUUCAUACGAUCAAGAAGUAACGACAUCCCUGAAAAACAUUUAAAACUGAAAUAAAUCCGACCGCGAUAGGAGGCGGAUCUCCGAAGUUUGCCGAGCCGUUUCGCCUAUGCUCGCCAGUACGCUCGCCGCAGUUUGGCGGCCGGUCGUGAGGAUGGUGCGUUCCGUUCGCGAACAAAGAAAAAUAUUAUUUUGCAAGUGUCAAGUGGAUAAUGUCGUCUGAGCCUACUAAAGUGCAGGUGGAAUACAUAAACGAGGAUAAAACAGGCAAGGAGGGAAGCGGCCCCCAGUCGCCCCUAGCGCUGCUGGCAGCCACGUGCAGCCGUCUCGGCGCCAACAUGGGGCCUGAACAGGAGAAGGAGCAACAACAUUUCAGUCCACAACAACAAACGCAACAGCAACAAGCGCAACAGCAGGCGCAGCAACAGGCCCAAGCCCAGCAACAGGCACAACAGGCACAGCAGCAGGCUCAGCAGCAAGCGCAGCAAGCUCAGCAGCAAGCGCAGCAACAAGCGCAGCAACAACAACAGCAGUUGAUUCAGCAACAGGUGCAAAGCGAAGCUGCCACUCUAGCAGCGAUCCAGCAACAGUACCUGCAACAGCAGCCCCAGCUGCGAGUCAUAAGCUCCGCCGUCGUGCAACAGCUACGUGCUCAGGGGCUCUCUGGAAAUGAAUUAUCGGCGGCUAUCGCGAACGCGGCAAAUGCUGUUCCCAAUGGCAUUCAAGUUCAACAACCUCAGGUUAUAUCAAUGCAGCAGCUUCAGUCGCUACUGGGCGGUGGAGUGGUAUCGAACGGCGAGGGCGCCACCUACCAGAAUACUCCGCAACAGUUGCUGCAGAUACAUCCACAGCUAUUACAGCAGCAGGGCGGCGUGUACGGCGGCUGCCUGGUGGGCGGCGGCGUGCAGCCGCUGCAGGCCGUCACCGUGGACGGGCAGGACGCACUCUUCAUCCCCGCGCAGCACUCCCAGAACUUCUCUGGCAUGGGCCAAGUGAGCCUGGUGAACGGGCAGCUGGUGCGCACGCCGGUGCUGCCGGCCGGCUUCCUGCAGAACGUCAUGCACCUGCCCACUGAGCAACAGGCCACCGUGACGAUACCGGGCACUAACAUAUCGAUACCGUUAUCCGCGCUCGGCAACCAAAUGAUAUCGAUACCCGGCUCCAACCUAGUGCAGGGCUUGUCGAUACCGACUAGUCAGGUGCCGACCAGCCAGACGAUAUCGAUACCGUGUAGCGCGCCCGACAAGAAGGAGAAGGAGGGCAGCCCGCAGCACCAAGGCGGCGGCGUGGCGGUGCGCGGCGGCGUGGGCGGCGUGGGCAUGGGCAUGGUGCCCGUGCAGGUGCCCGUCAGCGUGGCCAACGGCCACACCGUGUACCAGACCGUGCACCUGCCCGUGCACGCGCCGCAGCAUCUGCAGAUCAUCCCGCAGCUGCAGCAGAUGCAAGCGCAACCACAAGUCGCAAACGUGCUGACGCCAUCGGGACAGAUACAACAGAUUCAGAUCGCGUCGCUAGCCAACGUCCAGCAGCAAAAUGGAGCAACACAAGCCACCGCCAGUGCCGGGCAAACGCCAGGAACCAUAACGUUACAGGCGGUACAGAACCCCAUGCAGGCCGACACCACAGCCAUCCAGCAACAACCAUCGCAGACCAUCAUCACCAGCACGCCCACCGGCCAGCAGGUCACAGUCAUACCAGCCAAUAGCAACGUGCGUCCUAAUGUUGUUCAGGUGCCAACAUUGGGCGUGGGCGGUAUCGGCGGAGCUGUGCAGCUAGUCCCAGCGCUGGGCUUGCCCGGCGUGCAGAUCGCACAGCUACCCCAGGCUCAGCCUCAACCGCAGCCUGUCAUUGGCCAGCAAAUCCAGCAAGACCCCAAUGAGCCGGGCAAGUGGCAGAUAGUCACUGUUGGCAAUAAUAGCAACAACAGUAACAACAGCAACAGCGGCAACACUUCGGGUACCGAGUGUGAGAAUGGGAAGCAGAGAGCGGCCAGUCCCAGUGGCAAGAGGAUGAUGAAGAGAGUGGCUUGUACUUGUCCGAACUGUGAUCAGGGGGAGAAUCGUCUAGUAGACCGCAAGAAGCAGCAUGUGUGCCACAUAGCGGGUUGCAACAAGGUGUACGGCAAGACUUCACACUUGCGCGCUCAUCUCCGCUGGCACACUGGCGAAAGGCCCUUCCUCUGCAACUGGCUCUUCUGUGGAAAGAGGUUCACACGCUCAGACGAGUUGCAGCGGCACAGACGGACGCACACGGGCGAGAAGCGCUUCGAGUGCCCCGAGUGCAGCAAGCGCUUCAUGCGCUCCGACCACCUCGCCAAGCACGUCCGCAUACACACCAAGAACCGCAUCACGGAGGUAGCCACCUCAACGCAAUCUAUGUACUCGGACUCCGGCGACGACAGCUGCGACGAGAAGAUGAUGCUCACCAUAGAGACCAUCCACCCCGAGGGCGAGGACGACAAGCAGCUCGUCAUGAUCCGGCCCGCCGGCAAGCUGGAGCCCGCGCGCGACAGCUAGCGCCGGGACAGCGACGGGUAGGCGUCGCUGCCAACGUGUGCCAGGACCAAACCAACAUUUACAAAGAGAAGGUAAUGGACUCUUAUGAAGGUCGUUUCAGGGGAAAGGAAGUGCUUGUGGGGAAGGGAACUCUAGAGUAACCAAUUCACUUUGGGAACGGGAAGGAACUGGUCAUCCGGCCCGGGGACAAGAUCGAACCUGAACAUGAUACGGACGCGGACCGCGUGUAGGCGUCGCUGUCGGGUGUGUGAAUAGAAAAGUAACAUUUAAAAAGAGAAGGUAACGGACUGUUAUGAAGGUCAUUUCACGGGGAAAGAAGUGCUUGUAGAGACCAAUCCACCUUGGAAACGGGAACUAGUCAUGAUCCGGCCCGGAGACAAGAUCGCACCAUGUUGGCUGAACGAGGGCAACGACGGGUAGGCGUCGCUGUCGUGUAAGUGGUAAGGAAGGUAGAAAGAGAAGAAAUGAGAUAAAUGUCAGCGGACGGUCUUGAAGCCUUUACCUUUCAUGGGAUCGGAUAGGAAGUGUUUGUAGAACCGGAGUGGGAAGCGUACGUAAACUGCACAGCAUAGGAGUAUACUGUUUAGUGUUGGUUGGCGCAAAAUUACUAUGUCAAGUACAUGUUUCUGAUUUAGGCCACGAGGUGACAGUCCCUCCAAUGCUCACGGUUCCUAUUGGGCGAUCUAUGCUGUAGCCAAGUCCAAAGGAGUAUAACAAACUAUGCUUUCUUUGGGUGUAAGAACAAGUUUGAAAAUGAUAUUGUAUCCAUCCUACCAGCAAGUUUUGUGAUUGUGUAUUGAACAUGAUAUCACAAGUCUUGCCAAAUUUUACUCUUGUGUUAAGGUGUUUCUAUUUGUGUCGCUGGUGCCCCAUGUAUUAAGUAAUGUGGUCAGUAUCUAAAUAAGUUUUAACAUGGUACUAGUCAGACCAAGAUAAGUUGGCAGUGAUUUUGAUAGCUCAGCCUGUGCAAGUGAUAGGCAAACGUCAUAAUUCCAUAGAGGUUUGACGUUUUAACCUUUUGAAUGCCACGCCUAUCGCACGCGGCGCGUAAUCGUGAACCUUGUCGGUACGCAUGAAGGUUGAUAUUGGGCUGUAGCCGCGCGCGUCAUAUGACGUUUUUGGCGGUCAAAAGGUUAAACAACACUUGCCCUGACUGGGCUGCCAAAAUCGCUGCCAACUUAUCUUGGUCUGACUCUAUGAGAAAAGAUAUAUUUUAUAAGCAAUGAUGAAAUUAUAAAAACGCCUUUCAGAUAAAGGUAGCGAAUAACGUUGAUCGCAAUAAAGUUUUAUUUAAGAAAAUUAGUAACGGCAAAACUUUAACACAUUCACUGGCAGGAACCCGCCUAGUGGGCUGUCGUAACUUUGGGUUAGAUGCCAGACAAUUCACUAGGUGGGUUGUUAUAGGUAGCCAUAUAUAACAACAGGCCACGACAAAGAGCCCACCUAGCGGGUGCACAUCGCCACUGCUAGCGGGGUUGACACGGAAUGAAGAUUUAAUUAUUCUAUUUUUAAACAUGCAUCAAUAUGUCAUAUGUCGUUAAUUAUGGAAUCUAACCUAAUGGUAUUUCGAAAACCAUUUGGAGCAGCUUCCAAUAGCUCGAUUUCAAAAAUAACCCUUCCUGUUUUAUUUGACAACAAAAGAAAUGACGAAAAAAUAAAAGGAGAAAGUUGUCACCGCUCUGCCGUCCGCCUCGUGGCUCUGGGCGCGCAGUACUGCGGACUGUACUGCGGCCGCGCCGACCCUCCGAGCCUUUACUAUAGAUAAUGCAUGCUUUUUGGACCACUUUUUAAUUUCUCGUCUGGCAGUGAAUGUGUUAAACUGAACAUCGGUGGAUUUUAUGUUUGCAAUAUCCUCGUAAGGCCUACGCUGCUACCCGUAGUACUAAUAGGGAAUAUUACGCGAAACUGCGUAGGGGGCGCUACUACCACAAUCCAUCACAAUCUGAGGGUUUACCUCGAAACGAGAAAAUCGAAAUUUCGUUAUCUAAUCUCUCUAUCACUUUUGUAUAUUCGAGAGAUAAAGAAGCAGAUAUCUAAAUUUCGAUUUUUCCAUUUUAUGGUAGGUCUUUUGUAAAAAAACCGCCUUGAUGAAACUUGUCAAAAAACAGUUUAAGGCAGUUUAGUCUAUGGUUUACGAUAGGUGCUAGUCCUGCACUUUGGUGGCAGAACAUUGCAGUAAUACUCCCUACUACUUCAAUGUAAUUUAAACCAUUUUCAAUUGGAACAAUUGCAAUUCCUUCGUUUCGUUCGAUUUGAAAAAAAAAGAAAAUUAACCAUAUUUCCUUCAUUAUUGAUUUCAAAUUCAAAUGACAUUGUUUUGAACGGUGGGCCUUAGGAGGAGUGUUGACGAUCAAUACAAUACCAUUGUAUAUUUAUUUAUUUGUUUAUUAGGAUCCCCAACAGAAGAUACAAUUCACAUACAAUAUACAAUUCAUAUAUGUAUUGGCCUGAGUGAAAAAUGUCAUUCACAUUGUUGAUAGUGUUGAUAGUUGUUAGAAAAUAAAAAGGCAUUAUUAUUUAUUGUAGAUAUUUUAUUAAACAAAUCGCAAUCAUCACAAUUCGUAGUUACGUUAAUCGUCUUGUAUAUUUAUUUAAUUUAAAAUUGUGUCAAAUUUCUGUAGGCCUAAAUGAACCAUCUUACACUAAAAGUAUCUAUUUUAAAUUGUAUACUCUUAGAAUGAAAUGAUUCUUGAUCAGUAGUUGUUGAAAUCAUAAUAUAAUCUUGUCCUGAACAACAAAAUUGUUAAUCUUUUAUGCUUUUAAAAUAAUACAUCUAAGGGUUUUUAAAUGUUUCCAAGUUAAAACAAUUUGUUGAAAUUCAUAUAGAUCGUGUCAUUCAUGAAGACGCGUGCCUUUGACUCAUAUUGUCAUGUUCUUAAAGGUUAGAUUGGCAAAUCUGCGCGUCAUCGUGGAUGACACGAACUAUAUUUAUCGAAUAAAAUUCAUUGGAUUUAAUGAUUUGUCAAUUGAUAGCGGCGAUAUAGCCAUAUGUUGAGACUAAUUGAUGUCCACAAAGCAUUAAGAGGAUAGUGGACGACCGUCACCAUUUUCCUCCCUGGAUAUUGACAAUAUGGAGACUAAUUUUACACAAUUUAUUGUAUAUUAACCAGCUUGCUAUUUGUUUAAAAACGAUUUCCAUACAAAUUUCAAAAAGUUUCUAAUCCAUAUCAUAAGAAGUAAAAAAAAGCGAGAGAAACAUCAAAUUGCGCAAAAAUAUGUUCUAUAAUGUUAAUGUUCAGAUAUGGAAAUUAGGACUUUUGUAUGUAGACGGUCACGUGACUUCGUCCCCUAUUAUCUCAAUGUUAAUUAUAAGAACACUCAAGGCUCAAUAACAGACUGGUUCGAUUGAGCCUUGGAGUGUUAUUCUUAUAGGAAAUGUGUGUAGAAUAGGUGAAAAAAGUUUAUUUCUGUUACACGUCGUUUGAGCCGCCUGUACUGAUUAAAAAAAUAUCUACUAGGGUAAACAAAUCAUUCAUUAGUACCGAAUAUUAGCACAUAGUUUUAGUAGAUCUGCGUACCGACGAUAGGUUUGUUUACCUUCAUGUUUAAAUUAAAAAUGUUCAUGGUUGUGGGUAUUUUAACCUUUUCGACGCUGUGUCAAACAACAGCUGUCACUUGGACGCCACGUCACCGAAGUGUCAAAACUGAAAUUGAACUUUAUAUACUGCCCUCCUAACGUAAAGUGCGAUAGCUCAUAUUAAGAUAAUAUUUAAUUGUGUACUUUGUUCUCAUACGAUGUGUCACACAAUUAAAUGAGAUUUCAAAAUAAGUUAUUGCACUUAACGUUAGGAGGGCAGUGUAUAUGCUCGUAGGUCUAUGUUGCUCUGUGGUCUGUGACGGAUUAAUCCGUUUACGGCGUUAGACCUACGGUGCGGAUUUAUCCGUCAUUGGCGUCAAAAACGUUAAAAGUACAGAUUUGUAAGUAUUAUGUCGAUAGAGUCCGUCUAUGCUAAGUUUGCACCGAAAUGAACAGAUCAAAGUGAGACAGUGUCAUUAUAAUUGUUAUAUUUUCAUAGAAAUUUAAUGAUUUCAUUGCCACAUUUUGUCAUUGCAAAUACCAAGUAAGCUUGUUCCGACUCCAUAAGAUAAUAAUUUUUAACGCUAAGGAAGUAAUUUUCAUUUCGGAAUUAUAAUAAAUUUAGUAAUGCAAUGUAUACCUACUUUAUAUUUUAUCCAUCUUCCUAAUUCUAAUUCAAUUUUUUACCCUGCAAUUUUAUUUAACUUAAGCAUUUUAAAUGUGAACUUGUGUAAAUAGGGAUUAUUUUUGUAAAUAUUGUAAAUUAUUAUAAGUAUUGUAAUUAGUGUUCGAACAUAAAUUAACCUAGUUGGUAAGUCCCCGCGUACAAAUUAAACUAAAUUUCCAAAUUCAAAAGCGCAAAAAUUACCCCGGAUCUUACAAGUUUAAAUUACGUUGCAAAAUAGUAUUACAAUUUAAACGAUCAGAGAAAAGAAGACACAGGCAAUCUGUUAAAUUCAAAUUGCAGCCUAGAUGCAAACUACUCAAAGCGCCGAAGGUUCAAAUUGGAAGAAAUUUCAAUGUGCAGUAUUGUAUACCCACUUUGUGAUUAUUGGUUUGUUAUAGCGAUAUCUAAUUGAAAUGUAUUCCGCGUGGGCCGCGCGUCAGAUGUUAAUGACUGGAAUUUUAGACCCUCACUGACCCCUCCUUGAACCUAUCUGCAUUUGAUGUCCAUAGACAUAACUUCUAUAAACGAUAAAAAUGCGUUUGACUUAAAGUAUAAGUUAAAAGUGGCAGUGAAUUCAGAACAGUCAAGUUCAGAUAUUCAUUCUGAGUUUAAAACCUCGUGCUGACUAUAAUGUACAUCAAUGUAAUACGAACAAAGCACUGUGGGGUCCAAAAUUACCGAAACAAACUUGUAAAUAACGUGUAUAUCUGUUAUAUAGUGUAUAUUAGCUGUAUCAUAAGCCUGUAAAUAAUUUUAUCGUUGAACCAUUUCAAAUUAAAUAUUUUUACACAA